GGCUUUUAUUUGAUUUGCAAUGUUGAGGGCUUUUAUUUGAUUUGCAAAAUUUCUGAUUCGAAUACAGGGAAUUUGUUGAAAAUUUAUGAAUUUAUGAUUUUCUGGGUGUUAUUCAGGAGAUGUAUGUUUAGAAUGAAUUUCUGAUUUGUUGGGUUUUACUUAUGAUUGUUUAAUGUUAGUAUAAUUAUAGUGUAAUUUACGGAUUUCUUCAUGUUUGCAUAUUUUCUUCAGUUAAUUGUUGAGUACUGAGUUAAUUUUUACGUCAUUUUUCUUCUUUUUCUUGUCAAUUUGUCAUUGUAUGGGCUUGCUUAUUUUAUUUUAUAAUUGGUACAUCAUUAUGAUUACAGUAUGGCUGCAACAUCAUUAUGAUUACAGUAUGGCUACAUUUCCUUAUUUUGAUUUAAUCAUCAACUACAAAGGAAAAGUGGGAAGAGUGUUUGAUGUGGACCCAAAUAUGUAUUGCUACAUUGAUGCCUUGAAGGAUGUAACUGCAACAGUCCUGUCUCACAUUUCUUGUAGUGAAGCAAUAGCAAUCACAUUGCAUUGUGAUAUGCCUGGUACUGACAGAAGGAGAUUAGUAGAAAAUGAUCUUGAUGUGCUAGACAUGUUUUAUGUGCAAGGAAGGAGUAAAACAAUUAACUUGUAUGUAAACAUAGAAUAUUCUAUUGGAAUGAGUGAUGGUGGACAUAAAAGUAAUGUUGGAAAUGAAAAUCAUGGAGUAGAUGCUAUAGAUGUAGAGCAAGACUACCAUACUAUAGAUGUAGAUGAAGAGUACCAUCAGGACAAUGUUUAUGGGUUUAGUGAUGAGGAUAGGAAUUGGAAUGCAACUGCUGAGGAUGAAAACCAAUCAGAUGCCAAUGAGAUUUUGAGUGAUGAUGAUAAUGAGUGCUCAAGUGAUGAUGCUGAACUUAGUGAUUACCAAUCUAGUGAUGAUGAAGUGCCAUAUUCUAGUACUGAUGAUGAUUAUGAUGAUGAAGCAGACUGUCUAGAUGAUGAAGAGAUGAGGUUUCCAGGCAUGAAUGGUACCUACAAUGGGAAAGAGCCAUAUAUGAAUCAAGAUGGAGAAGUUGUGUUGGAAGAAGGGAUGAUUUUUCCAAAAGUGAAUACUUUUAGGGCUACAUUAAGGGACUAUACAAUGCAAACUGGUUUCAAGAUAGUAAGAGACAAAAAUGAGAAGUCUAGAGUAACAGCCCAUUGUGCUGCUGAGGGCUGCCCUUGGAGAAUUCAUGCAUCUCCACUUCCAGAUGGGAUCACCUACAAGAUUAAAACCUUAGUACCUACUCACACAUGUAGCAGGAUGAACACAAACACUGAAGCUACAUCAGCUUGGAUUGCUAAAAAAAUGGUUGAAAGUUUUAAGGACAAUCCACACAUGGGCUUAGAUACCAUGCAAAUGAAACUGAAUAAAAUGUUUGGGAUUGAGGCUUCAAGAAUGCAACUGUAUAGAGCCAAAAGGAGGUGCAAGGAGGAGCUGGAGGGUGAUCAUGGGAGCCAAUAUGUGUUGUUGCCAACAUAUGCUAGUCAAAUCAACAAAACAAACCCUGGCAGCUUGGUUGUCAUAAAUUAUGACAUACCUUCUACCCCAGUCUCAGAAGAUGGAGAACAACCAGACCCUACCAUUCCUCAAUAUCCAUUGUUCCAAAGAAUUUUCAUAUCAUUUGAUGCAAUGAAAGCAUGGUUCAUUAAUGGAUGUAGGCCAUUCAUAGGGGUAGAUGGGUGUCUCUUGAAGGGUCCCUAUGGUGGUGUUUUAAUUUCAGCAGUUGCCUUGGAUGGAAAUAAUGGCUUGUUUCCAUUGGCAUUGGCAAUAGUAGAGGGUGAAUGCAAGGACAGUUGGUCUUUUUCCUUGCACAACUUGAGAACAAUCAUAGAAGAUGCACUACCUUUUAGACCAUGGACCAUCAUGUCUGAUCAACAAAAGGGCCUUGAUAAGAUUGUGAGUGACAUUAUACCGGAGGCAACUCAUAGAAGAUGUUGCAUGCACCUAUAUAACAAUUUCAGAGCCAAAUUUCCGAGUUUAAUUUUGAGGAAGCAAUUUUGGAGAGCAGCAAGGGCUUACAAUCAGAUGGAGUAUGAUAAGGCUAUACAAGCCAUUAAGGACCUAAACAAUGAUGCUUGCAUUUGGUUGCAGUAGGUUCCAGUUGAAGGAAGGUCUAGGCAUGCAUUUGAUGGUAGGAUUAGAAGUGAUCACAUCACAAAUAACAUGACUGAGUCCUUCAACAAUUGGUUAGGAAAUUUGAGAACUCAGCCAAUUUUAACUAUGUUAGAGGGCAUAAGGUGCAAGUUGAUGGGUAAGUUUCAGAUGAGGUACCAAAAGGCAAUGCAAUGGAAAUCUAAUGUCACAUUGAAUGUGAAGAAACAGCUUGAGGUCACACAGAAAUGGUCAAGGACUUGCACAGUGGAGUAUGCAGGAGGCAAUGAGUAUGAGGUGAAGGAUAAUGAGGGGGUUAAUCACAUUGUCCAUAUUGGGGCAAUGACUUGUGUAUGUAGACAGUGGGAAAUAUCUGGUCUUCCAUGCAAGCAUGCCGUGGCUGCAAUUUCUCACAGUAGGUUAAACAUAGAAGAUUUUGUCCACCCCUACUAUUCUAAGGCAACUUACUUGAGAGCCAAUGGUAUGCUGAAUGUGUGAUAUUGAUAUGCAUAUUUAUUACCUUACUUUGGUUUUCAAUUUAGGAUAUUCCAAGAGGGACCCCCCCAAUGCCUGCUGAAUGUGUGACACAGGUCACACAACAUCAUGUUAGUUAUGAACUUACUUAUGAAGUUACAAUGAAAUUAGCUAAGUUGUUGAUAUUUGUUUGUUUGUGACACAGGUCAGACAACAUCAAUUUAUUUGUUUGUUUGUUUGUUUGACUUUUUUUGCAGAUGACUUAGCUAAGUUGUUGAUAUUUUGGGUACAAGGAUUAACAUAGGUUGAAGGUAUAAAAUAUAUGUUGCUUGACUGUAUAGUUAGUGAGGAUCAUGUUCCAUUUUUUUGUAUUUUUGUAGUGGACAUGCAAUGCUAAGAAUAGCAAUAUAAUGAUGUGGCCAUUUUUGUUUUUUUGUAGUGGCCAUGAAGUAUUUUAUAACUGAUGAUGUAACUGAACAUAUUUGAUAGGAAUGAUGUAAGUAAACUACUUGAACAUAUUUUACAACAAUCAUGAUGUAAUUAAA